CCCCAGCUGGACGAGAGCAUACUCACAUAUGGCGAGCACGUGUGCCGUUGAUAUGUUUUGACAUUGUUGAGCUUCAUUUGCCUGAUAGAGUGUUGCGACAGUUUGGGUUUGAGCAGGUCAUUCCACGGCCUAUCGACACUUAUGUUGAGCUGCAUAGGCUGGAUAGGCGUGGGAAGCAUACAGAGGAUUGAGCACUCAGACAUGUCACAUAUGUCACUAUGUGGGAGAGGCGAGCUGAGCUAGUUGUGGCUGGGACACCGACAUUUGUCCCAUCUGUUUCAGGAGACUAUAUGAGAUGGUAUUACAGCAUCACUCGUUUGUUUGUGUCUCCUUCGUUCAGACUCCCUACUCAUCAUUAUCAGCCUAGCUCCUUGGCUUUGCAUCUUACGACACGAGCUUUGCAGCGCAUACAUCAGCGGGCUACUACCACAGUGACUGAUAGUCAUGAUGUGGACAUGUAUGGACAGGCUCUGACAGGCAUUGCCUCCUUUGUGUUCAGAUGUGUUGGGACGAGUCGACUACGGCCAUCUUAUACACAUGCCCCCAUCUCAGGAGAUGCCAUCCACGUCUAGUGCAGCGGCGGC